UUGCAUGGUGGGGCCCAACCCAAAAGAGACAACGGCCAUGUGACCACGCAGAGACAUGACGUUUCCCCCUUCCUUUCGCCAUUCUUUCUCCCUCUCUGGCUACCUGGCAUAUUGCAGGGUUGCAUCUGCAUCUCACCAUCAAAUCGAUCCUUUCUUCUUGUCUGCAAUUGCUCCUCUGUUUUCCCCCUCCUCAGAAGGAACCCUAGUGUUCGUCCACGAGAUCGUUUUCCCCCAUUGUUCGUUCUGCAGAUUCUUACCUCUAUUUUGAGAGAGGGAGAGAGUGAGAGAGAAAGGGAGAGUCCCACCAUGAAAAUGAAAAUUUAUAGUGGGAAGAGAGAUUGGACUCCUCCUUGCUUCUACCGUCAUCUCUGAUUAGAGUCCCGAGUUCCAUUAUUAGCUGGGAGACAAAGUAGGGAGGUAAACGCGGGUUAGGGGUGAAGGAAUGGGGAUGAUGAUCCGACCGUGAAGGAUCGGACUCCGUCCCUUCACCGACUCCGGAAUUGUGUCCCGCCCACCCCUAUUUUUAGAUAAAAGAAACAAGAUAGAGAGAGGGAGAAAGAAACCGGGGGAAUUUGAUAAUGCCAAGCGUAGCGGUGAAGCUGUACAGCGUCUUGUUCAAGAUCCUUCAGAAACACAGGCUCCAGAAUAGGACUUUCUCGCCGGAGGAGGGCAGCAACCCCUUCGGCGUCACCUCCCGGCCGGAGGAGGAGUCGGCGGUUCCCGCGAAUGCCUCCUUUAACGAUGGCGUCGCCACCAAAGACAUUCACAUCGAUGCCCUCACCUCCCUCUCCGUCAGGAUCUUCCUACCGGAAUCUUCCCUCCACCGGCCCUUCGACCCUCUCUCCAAGCGGCCCGAUCUCCGCCAGUCGCUCACACGCCGGAGCAGCUAUGGUGGUGUCACCGCAACCUCGACGUCUCCAGCGGCAGGGGAGAUCCGGCGGAGCAGUUAUGGCGGUGAAUCCUCCGGUAUUGGAGACGCCAAUGGCGCAGUGGCCUCUGGAUCUAAUGGCCAUUUGAAGGAUUCUAAGAGGCGGCAAGAUGGUGGCGGAGUGUAUAGAGGAUACCUCCCGGGGAACACAAGUUCCUCGUCUUCCCGGAGAUUGCCCAUCGUCCUGCAGUUCCACGGCGGAGGUUUCGUUUCCGGGAGUAAGGAUUCCUAUGCGAACGAUGUCUUCUGCAGGCGGAUUGCGAAGCUUUGCGAAGUGAUUGUGAUCGCCGUUGGCUAUCGGUUGGCACCAGAGAAUCGGUAUCCAGCUGCUUUCGAGGACGGUUUGAAGGUUCUCAAUUGGUUGGGGAAGCAGGCGAAUCUUGCUGAGUGUAACAAGUCGCUUGGAAGCUCACGCGGCAGUGCGAGCUCUGUCGAUCUACGCAAGUUCGAUGUACAUAGGCACAUUGUGGACGCGUUCGGUGCGUCGAUGGUCGAGCCGUGGCUCGCUACUCACGGUGAUCCUUCAAGGUGUGUUCUCCUUGGAGUUAGCUGUGGUGCCAACAUUGCAGACUAUGUUGCUCGGAAGGCUGUCGCUGCUGGCAACCUUUUGGAGCCUGUUAAAGUUGUUGCACAGAUUCUAAUGUAUCCCUUUUUCAUCGGCAGCGUGCCCACACAUUCAGAAAUUAAGUUGGCGAACACAUACUUCUAUGACAAGGCGAUCUGUAUGUUGGCCUGGAAGUUAUUUUUGCCAGAAGAAGAGUUCAGUUUGGAUCACCCUGCUGCGAACCCCCUCAUUGCAGGCAGAGAGCCCCCACUCAAGUUCAUGCCUCCAACACUCACGGUGGUUGCCGAGCAUGACUGGAUGAGGGAUCGUGCUAUUGCAUAUUCAGAAGAGCUCAGGAAGGUGAAUAUUGAUGCACCUGUCCUUGAAUACAAGGAUGCGGUUCACGAAUUUGCCACUUUGGACAAGCUUCUGAAGACACCACAGGCCCAGGCUUGUGCAGAGGACAUCGCGAUUUGGAUGAAGAAGUAUAUCUCGCUGAGGGGUCACGAAUUUUCAUACUAAACAGUUUCUUUUUUGCUCCUCUCUAUUUCAUUGUCUUAUUGUUCUCUUGUCCUUAAUUUUUUCAAUUAGCUAAGGUAUGUAAGGCGAUUACAUUUCUAUGGUAGUCAUUUUUUCUACAGAAUAUGUCAUUUUUGUAUGAUAAGUGAGUUUGGGUUAAUGAGAUUGCUAGAUGUAAGCACAUCUUGGCCAUUCUUCU